AUGGCAGAGAGGACAGUAUUGCGCAAGGACCAGCUGGAAAUUAGCCUCCACAAUGAGCAGAAACUCAUCAAAGAAGGCACCAUCAAGGACGAUAACCCACUAGACUUGAGUGAGCCAUUCCGGGACUUGUGCAGUGCCUGCCGGAGGGGCGAUCUGAAAGUGUGUCAGGAGAAAAUCACCGAGGGUGUCAAUGUGAAUGCUCGGGAUCUAUAUGAUUAUACACCCUUGAUUCUAGCCAGUCUCUGUGGACACUAUGAAGUUGCACAGUUGUUAUUGGAAUCGGGCGCGCUCUGCGAACGAGAUAGAUUUCAAGGCGAGCGAUGUCUAUAUAACGCCCUUAAUGACCGGAUACGAAAUCUUCUUCUCGAAUAUGACUAUUCCAAAUCGACCGACCCCCUUCAACCCCUCGCAGCUCAUAUAGCCUCACUUCUGACCCGGGAAACCCCAGUGACCACCGAUAUCGUUGUGACGGCCGCUGACGAGUCUCUUCCCUUGCAUAAGUUGAUCCUGGCGGCCCGAUCCCCAUAUUUUCGAGACAAGCUUGCAGCUGCCUCCGAUACGACAACCUGGAAACUUCCGAGUACAAUUCCUCCAGCAGCAUUUGGAGCUGCUAUUAGGUACCUAUACUUGGGUGAAGCUCCGAGGGAGCUUCGGAGUGGACCUGGGACAGGUUUUACCGAGUCCGAGGUCUUUACAGGGAUCGACAAGAUCUCGAAAUACUUGGAGAUUGAAAGUCUCGUAGGCAGCAUCCUCGACAGCGGGGAUCGGAGACUCGCUAGGCAGCGCCGAACAGAGGAGCUUUCCAAAGGGCGGGACCAGUUGGAGGCCUGGUUCCGAGAACACGUGCUUGGAAACAAGAUUGACGUUGAAACUUCCAAAGUAGAUGAUGUGAAAUGGCGCCGCAAUAACCCUAUCUUUGCAGAUAUUCUUCUCCGUGCAGAUGAAUUGCCGGAAGAGGCUGAGGGCUCAGCGGACGAAGCCCCGAAAUCAACCUUGUUCCCUUGCCACCGGGCCAUGCUCCUACGUUCGGAAUUUUUCCAGGCCAUGUUCAUGUCCUCAUUCCGGGAGGCGCAUGUCAAGGAUCAAUUGCACAUCAUCGACGUCGACUGCGCGCCUGAUGUUUUGGAAAUUAUCCUCACUUUUUUGUACACCGAACGGGCGGAUUUUCCCCUAGAAAUUGCCGUCGACGUUUUGUUCGCAGCCGAUAUGCUAUUCAUUGAAAAGCUGAAGACAAAGGCGGCCAUUGUCAUUAGCACCCUGGGCAGUGGCGGUAUGUCCCAAGCCGAAGCGGCGAGAACCCGAGGGACUGGUGACGAAGAUGACAUCGAUGUCUAUGCAAUCAUGCGUGCUGCUUGGUUGACCCGAGUCCAACGUCUGGAAACAUUCGCUGCCCGAUUUCUCGCAUAUCGUUUGGAAGCUCAUAUCGAUUUGCCUGAGUUUGCUGAAUUGAUUCAAGAAUCGGCGGCUCGUAUCCAGGCAAGACAAGAGACUGAUUCCAUUGAAUUGGUGGAUGACAUCCGAUUUUAUCUUGGAGAGAGAUUUCGGUUGCGGUUCGAUGAUGCUGGUCUGGACGAGAUGAUGGAAGAACAGGCGCCACCAGAAAACGGCGAUGCAUCCGUCCCAUCGGAAGACAUGGAAGAUGUGGCCGAGAAAUUCGAGGCAUUCAAUGUUUCUGGGACCAAAGAUUUAAUGACUGGACAGAAUGGGCACUCACCGCAACCACAGGGAUACAUCCGGGAAAUUCGGACUCUAGACGGUGCACUCGUUGAGGAUGAAUUCGAUGAGGACGCCAUGAAUUAUCAGAUUCUCCUGGAAAAGCUUGAAGCUCUUUUGGAGAGUUUGGGUCUGGACGUCUAA